AUGUGGCUCCCUUCCCUGGCCUUACCUCCGGCGCCCCUUAGGCCAGGUGAGACCCAGCAGCCAAAAACCUGGAACUGGAAUUUGGAUCCUGACUUGUGGGCGAGGUCACUUCGACAGGAGCUGAAUUCCCUGCUCCUCUUGGUCCCAGAAGAGAGCCGGGCACCUGUGUCUCCCGAGGCUUCUUACACCCUUGGCCUUACGGAGGCCGAACAGGAACGGGUCAGCCAGCAGGAGCAGGCCUGGAGCCUGCAGAUGAGGCAGAGGGAGUUCUUUAAGGUCAUCGCCGAGUCAGAGGAGCCCCGAGUCCUGGAGCUCCUGCUGGCUGAGUUCCGAACUCUACUGGCGGCUGUUCUGCAGGCCAGCAGCCCGGCAGCCUGGCGCUACCUGCACGCCGUGCUGGGGCUGCUGACCCCGUACAGGGACUUUAUAGUCGGUCACCUUGACUUACUGCCCUUACUGGAGCAACUGUACUGCUGGGCACCCAAGAUCCAGAGCCACCUCCAGCUGGACCUGCUAGAUGCCAUAGACAAGGUCUUCCCCCGAGACCGGUCUUUGUUACAUAGAGCCUCCCAUGUUGACUGCUGUCUCCAGAAGAAGAGGUGCCAUCGAGGGUCCCCAUGCCCGUCCUGCCCUUUCCUGAAGGGCCAGUGGGAUAGACAGCAAGGGAAGGAGCUGGCCACAUGGCUGCGACCCUUGACACUGCCCGAGCUGCAGCACUGCCUGGGCAUUGUCGGCCCUGAGGUGGCCCUAGAAGAGGGCCUGUGGCUGGAUGGCCUUAGCCUCCUUCCUUUAGCACUGGCCACCAACAUCCCCGUACAGUAUGAAAGCAGUGACGCGGACAACGCAGUGGGACCUGCCGGAAGAAGAGAGAUUCAAUCACCUCAGCUCCAGUAUGAGGCUCCUUGGGAGAUGCCCCCCCAGAAGAAAAGUAUCGGCUUCUUACCUGAGACCUCCCAUCUGGGCAGCCAGAUGGGGUCUAUUUGGAAGACAGAGAAGUGCCUACAGAAGAUCCACUUCCUGUAUCUCAACGUGGCCCCUGGCCGGUACUUUAGGCCAUACAACCUGGUUGUGGUGCCACCAAACAAGGUGAAUCCUGAGCACUAUAUCUUUUCUCCUUUUGGGGUCCUGCACGUCCAUCCUGUGGAGGGCACUGAUACCAUGACGCUGGGUACCUGGCACCGCCACUCAGCUCUCUGGCAAGAGCUGCAGUCCAUCCCAUUCUUUAAGAAUUGCCUCUUACGCAAGGCCUUGACCUGUUGGAAGAAGAACGUGAAGUUGCAGGGGCUGCAGCGGAUCAAAGCUUUCCUGUCGGAUCAUCUGCUCUUGGCUGUGCCCCACUUUGGAGCUGGGUUGCUUCAUAUUAGCAGACUUCUGCAGGAGUUCUGCUCUGUGUCCUGGCUUCCCAAAGACCCAGAGCAGUGUUAUGAGCUCGUGGACCUGAAGAAGGCUCUAGCCAAAGAGACUCACAAGGCUCUGCGGCUCCUUUGUCACUUUCUGCAUCUCUGCACAUCUGUCCUCCAUCUGGUUCAUGAGGACACAUACCACAUGCAGCAGGGUCUGCAGGAGCGAGUGCAAAACUGGAACAGGAUCAGGAAAGGCCAAGGCUCCGUCUACCUGCAGAGGGCGCUGCUCCGGCAGCUGCAGCGGAAGCUGCGGCAGGCAGAGACCUGGUUACUGAAGCUGGGAAAGUUGGCCCGUCUGGUCAACUACAUGAUCUGCCACAACCUUGUUUCCAUCCUGCAACAUGAAAUAACCUCUUUUGUAGCUAACAUUUUGCAAGUCCCGAGGCAAAACCCCUUUCUCUUAUCUCAGCUGGUCUUUGAUAACUCUGGCCAGCUAAGUCCUAUGCCCUGUAUUGAAGACAUGAUCCAUAUCCUAACCAACAGCCUGCAGUCGAUGAAGACCUCUGCCCUGAAGGUGAUACAGUCUACAGACUCGAAGACUUCCGGGGAAGUGCUGGAUUCUGAAGAAGAUGCAGAGCAGGUCUCCAGCCCGGUCCUACAGAUACCUAAGCUCCAGAGGCAGACCAGCGACGCCGUUCGCCUCUUCUGUGGCCCGAACGUAGGAUUCGUUUUGCCCUGGAAGUCUCAUGCAAUUACUGAUGUUUUGGAGGUCCACGGACACCGGGUGUGGGGCCAGUAUUUGCCCCCCAAUUAUAACCAGGUGCAGGAGGAGCUGGACAACAAUGCUCAGAUCCAGCAGGCAUUGAGCACACAACAGAAACUCCUGGACGGUAUGUUCUUGGAGGUGCAAGAAUUCUGCAGGGAACACCACUGGUUAGAAGGCAUUUAUGAGUUUCUGCAAGCCUGGGGGCCUCAGAAGCUAGAGAAGAUGAGAGGCUGUCCCAUCAAGGAGUACGUAGAAGUGGUGAGCCACCUGAGCAUCUGGAAGACCCGUGUCUCAAGCAUGCCUGUGGAGUUGCUCACAAAGGGCAAGUUGCUGCUGCUGAGCUGUCAUGACCUCCAGGCAGAGCUGGAAUCCAAGCUGGCCAGCACAAGGAGGGACAUUCUCGCACAGGUGCAGGAGGAAUGCUGGAGCCGCAAUCAGCAGCUCAUGGCAGAGCUCACAGACUUCCUGAAGGUCUUCCAGACUAUCAACUCAGACAUUCAUGCCAUCGGCCCGUGCUCCCAAAAGUUGAAUGAAGCCACCGAGCAGUUCCUCCAGCUGGAGGAGCGCGUGGAAUACAUCCGGUCCCUCCACGAGAUCCUCCGCAACCACAGCGGCCUCUACAGCGCUGAGAACGAAGCGCUGGACAUCGCGCUUCUGGACAUGUGGGAGGCAUUUCAGUUUGAGAGAAAUCAGGCCUCAGAGUAUCUCAUCAGCAAGCGGCAUGCCAUUGUGCCCAAGCUGCAGCAGCUGAUGUCAGGGGCCGUGGCGGAGCUGGAAGGCCUGCUGGAGAAGGCCCUGUCUGGCCCAUUCAUGGAUCCCGCACAAGAUCACAGGAACAUGGAGCACCAGCUCAUCUUCCUGGAGCAUCAGUACCAGAACACAGUCGGCUACUUCAAGGAACUACACAACGCCUACACCACCUUCACGGGAGAUGAGUGUCCUAUAACCCUGCCCAUCUGUGGGACCCGCCCUAUGGUGCAGCAGCAGCACAUCUGGCAUCUGUACCGAGUCAUCUCUGAGAGCUUCAGCGAGUGGAAGUGCAUAGCUUUUGCUAAGUUCAGUCUUUCAAUGGCCUGGGAGAAGACAGAAGGGUGGCUGACAGAGGCUGCACGGAUCAGCACAACCCUGGGCCUGCACAGCCCUGUGCUGCAACGCUGCAUGCGCAUGCUGGAGGAGUUUCGCAGCCACCUGCCCUUACUCACCAAGCUGGCCAGCCUCCAUCUGCAGAACCUUAACUGCCAAGCCCUCUUCAGAGCAUUAGGCUUGGGUAGUCUCCACACGAUGGAACAUGUUACCCUGGGCCGGCUGCUCAAUUGUCCACUGCUGGAGUUUGCAGAUCGCAUUAACCAGGUCUGGCAGUGUGACAAUGAACGAAUUCAUGCCCAAGAGAACCUGCAGCGGCUGCAGCAGUACUGGGAGGGGCGCCAGCUGCGCCUGGUCAACUUCAUCCUGCACGUGCCCUACGAGCCCCCGGUCUCAGAGCGCAAGAAGCAGGCCCACCACAGCCCCCAGUGGGAGGUAGUGGCCAAGGACAGUGGCACCUUCCUCCUCUCAGACUACAGCAGCCUGCAAGAGUCCAUCCAGGACAGUCUUCAGACACUGUUCAAGAUUCUGGCCAUCCAGAAGACAGGGGACUUGCACAACAUAGCUUUGGAGUGGGUGACUAACAUGCAUGGCCUAGAUGCCCUGCUGGAGGUGUGGGUGACUUUCCAGCAGAAGUGGAUUUUUCUGAAUAAAGUUCUGCAUGAGAUGAAGAUCCCGUUUCCUAGCGCCGACCUGAACACUCGGUUCAAGGCCAUGGAUGAUCAGUAUCGGACUCUGAUGCGCAUCUCUGUAGCUGACCCCAUGGUGCUGUCACUGAUCAUGCCCAGUGUCAAGCGGAGCCCUUACUUCCAAGGCCAGCACCUACAACAGCUCCUGAAGACGGGGUCGGUGGAGCUGGAGGUCAUCAUCAUGGCCCUGGAGAAUGUGCUGUACGGGGUAUGUGCCCACUUUCCCCGCCUUUUCUUCCUCAGUGACAGUGAGCUGGUGGCCCUCCUUGCUGCCCCUCUUGAGUCAUGCGAGGCCAAGCGAUGGGCACAACGCUGCUUUCCCCACGUCCAAGCUGUGAAUUUUAGGUCCAGGUCCAGCUCAGCUGACGAGAAAACCGCAGACGACCAGGAGUCCAGCCCCAGUAGACAGACUCAGGUGGAGGCGCUUGCCGUGCUGGGAGCAGGCGGAGAGGAGGUGAAGCUGCAGGGACCCCUCCCUCUGCAUCCAGACCUCCCCAAGUGGCUGGCCUCUCUGGAGAAGGGUUUGACCUCGGUGCUGGCGAACCUGAUGCAGAACUGUGUGGCCACCCGCCUUGCUCUGAGCCCAGCCCUUGGCGAGGUGUGUAGGAAGGUGCCUCAACAGAGACAGGCACCCACGCAAGUAAAUGUCCACCACUGGCUGGACUUAGUCCAGGCCUUUCCGUGGCAAUGCAUCCUGGUGGCAGAGGAGAUAGUGUGGAGGGCCAGGGUAGAGGAGACUCUGCUCAGGAAGGGGGCCAGAGCCAUGACCCCCACGCAUACACGCAAGGUUGAGGUGCUGGUGCAGUUUAUUCGAGCUCAGAGGAGCGCCCACAGCGGGCAGCCUCUGCUCUCCGUCCGCCAGACCAGCCUACUCAGCAGCUUGCUGGUCAUGGCGGUGACUCACCGGGAUGUAGCACAGCUGCUGGAGAAGCACCAGGUCAGUGACUUGACAGACUUCCACUGGGCCCGCCAACUCAAGUAUCACCUGGGCUCACCUCACCUGAUCCCUCGAAGCCCCUUGCAGAGUCUCAUGACUGUUUCGUCUGCUGAGCCCCCUCUGACGCCAGCUACCUGCUGGGUAGAUGUGCUGGGCCGCUCCUUCCUGUACAAAUAUGAGUACCUGGGUCCCAGGCUGGGGCCGCUACCCAUGCUGCUGCAUGAGCGGCCGCUCUUGGUUCUGUUAUUGGCCCUGGAGGAGGUGGCCUGUGGGACCCUAGUUGGACGGGAUGGUUUGGGCAAGACAGAAACAGUGAAUAGCUUGGCAUGGGUCCUUGGUCAUCAGCUGGUGACCAUGCCCUGCUUGCCUCAGAUAGAGUCCCGAUGCCUAAGCAACUACCUGAAUGGUGCCCUCCAGAGUGGUGCCUGGCUGCUGUUGGAGGCAGUUCACCGCCUGCCUUUUGGCUUACUCUCUGCCCUGGGCCAGCGUCUGGCUGAAGUGCAAAACCUCUAUGCCCCACUGUACCGUGAGGCUUCCAAAAGUCUCAGCACCAUAGACCCUACUAAGCCCCAGGUCCUUGGCAGUGGUUUCUUUGAGAAACGUCACGUGUCUGUGUGCAUUGGCUACGGCUGUUUUCUGACACUGCACGCCCUGAGCCCCAGUGUGCCCGCCAACCUGCACCUGCUACUGCGGCCUGUGGCACUGAUGCAGCCUGACUUGCAGCGAGUGGUAGAGCUGACUCUGCUGGGCGCAGGGGUGCGGGAUGCCUCCCGCAUGGCUACCCGCCUGUGCAAAUUGUUCUCCCUAGAGUGUGAGCUGGUGUCUGGCACUCUGCCCUGCCGCCUGCCACUGCUCAAGCAGAUACUGGAAGACACAAUACAAACAUUAAACGUGACCAAGGAGGAAGACAAGGCCGAGCAGUCCCGCAGCUUGGCUGCCACUGAAGAGGCUGCCCUGCUCCGUGCCCUGCUGCAGUCACCACUCUUCAGCACUCUUAAUGGGCUCCACCUGCAAAGCCUCCAGGAGCUGCUUUGUGGGAUUUUCCCUAGUGCUAGCCAAGUGCUGGCAGAGCCUAUGGCCCAUAGGUUGACCAAGUCACUGGUGGUGGAGGAACUGCAGCAGGUCGGCCUGUUUCCCAGCCCUGAUAUGCUAGGGUAUCUGGAGCAACUCAGUCAGGCCCUGAGCCGGGCCCCGGGCGUUCUGCUGCUGGGCCCUGCAGGCAGUGGCAAGACUACUUGUUGGAACAGCUUAUUUAAGAUCCAGAAUCGCCUGGCAGCCAUGGAAAACACCUCAGCCCAGGGCUUCCAGUCGGUGGAGAUUACCCACCUCUACCCCAGUGUGCUCAGCUCUCAGGAGUUCCUCGGGUGGCUGGAGGGUCCCUACUGGCAUUAUGGCAUCUUUUCCAAACUACUUCGUGCCGCCCCCCAGUGCAAGAGCAGGAACCCAAAAGAGCCGUCUGGGGAAACGACGGGAAUCCAGCUCUGGGUGGUAUGUGAUGGAGCCUCUAGCGUUGCCUGGUUGGACUCCAUCACCUGCCUCCUGAGUGACCCUCCCCAGCUGAGCCUCCCCAAUGGCCAACAGAUAGCACGCCCUCCAAACACCUUUCUCUUGAUGGAAGUGGCAGACGCAGCAGGCAUGUCCCCCACGGUUGUGGGUCAGUGUGCUCUAGUCUGGUGCGGAGGGGAGCUGACUUGGCAAUGCAUGCUUAACACCUUCAUGGCAUCCCUGUCCCGUGAGUACCACCUGCAGCCCCAGACAAUCACUGAGCUCAGCCACCUAGCCGAAGGGCUGGUGCCAGCGCUGUUCCGAUUCCUCGGCCUCAAGAGUUCCAGUUCUGUGCUGCAGGUACACGGGCAGCAGGUUGUUUGCCCGGGUGUCGCUGAAAUCACCAGCCUGGCCCGCAUCUUGCGAGCUCUGCUUGACCCCCACCUGCACCUGUACGAGGAAGAGAAGGCGCGUGGCUCAGAGGACCUCAGUAUCAGCGGCCCUGCGGUCCAAAGCUUCAAGUCUUUAAAAAUCAGCCCUCCAAACAGGCCCCAGCUUGACAGCAAGGAUACUCAGAACAGACACAGGGACCAUUUGCUGGCUAUCAGCAGCUUUAUUUUUGCCACAAUCUGGGGCUUUGGGGCCCAUCUUCCCUCCAGGCUCUGGCCCCACUUUGAUGCCUUUGUGAGGCGUUCUCUUGGUUGCCUUUCCAACUACCCUGAGCCACCACCCACAUCUUUGGUGUUUGAGCUACGUGUAAACGUUGAAGAUGGGAAACUGGUGCCCUUCACUGGUCAAUACCUGAGCAGCCGGGUCAAAGGAACUUUGGGUACCUUCUACCCUUCCGUCCAGACUGAACGGCUGUUGUAUGUGGUGGACCUGCUUCUGUCUAGGGGACAGCCAGUGCUGCUGGCUGGAGAGGCGGCGUCGGGGAAGUCAGCUUUUGUGGAGGUUCUCGUGGAGCCCAACCACCCUUACGUAUACAGCCCCAUCCACUCUGCCUUCAGCUCUACCCACUUUCGCCUCCUGUUGAGCAGAGGGGUCCAAGGCCAAACACAAGCCAUCCCAUACCCUGGGCAUCAUCUGGAUUCUAAAGGCUUCCUCCUUUUCAUGCUAGAAGAUCUGCACAUGGCUGCUUCUGACCCAGAGAAGAGCUGCCAGCCGGUGGUGGAGACCCUGCGCCAGGCCAUGGAAGGAACGGUGUACGCCCACAACACUUUGGAACUGCAGACGCUGCAUCCCACAGUGAACUUCCUUGCCACCGUCACGGUGCCAGGCUUCUGCGAACGGCCACUGUGCCCACGCCUCUUCCGACACUUCACGGUGCUGGCCCUCAGCAGCAUGACCUUGGACGCCUUGCUGAGCAGGCACGCGCCUAGCAUCCAGAUCUGGCUGGAGCGCUUCCCCUCCGUGGAGCGGGAGUUCACGCUCUCCAGAGCCCUGGUCCAGGCCUCGGUGGAGGCCUGGGAGGCUGUGAGCAGCUGGUUCGUGCCUUCGCCGCUGCGCCCGCACUACCGCUUCUCGCUGCACUCGGUGAGCCAGCUCCUGGGCAGCAUGCAGCUGCUGCCCACGCGCACGCCCGCGCGAGCCCUGGCGGACACCGCCCCCCACCAGGAGCACCUGCGCCGCGUGUCGGGCCUGCGCGGCACCCGCCUGAACGUGCUGGCGUCCAUGCGCAACAUGCUGCGCCUCUGGCUGCACGAGGCCCAGAGGACCUUCUGCGACCGGCUGGACAGCCCCAGGGAGCGCUCCCAGUGCGCCAAGCUGCUGCUCGAAGUCGCUCAGAACGUCUUCUGCGGCGGGUCCGGGUCCCAGGCACCGGACAAGGACCCCGAGGAGGAGGCGGAAGAGGAAAAGGUGCCCGAAGUGGAAUCCGACGGGGAACUGGCCCAAUGGGAGGACUUAAGCGACAGUGACAGCGGGACAGAGGACGAAGAAGACCCCUAUGGCCUUAAGACCACCAUAGGCGCCUACCUCUAUGACCCGCAUCUAGCCCCAACCACGACGUCAGCAAGCAGGGAGCCAGGAAGCGGAAGCUACGUGGCGGACGACGGGGAAGACACGAGGACUCUCAGCUGUGAGCUCCGGUCAGAGACGUGCAAGAGUAGGUGGCAGAGGGCGGCCCGUGCGGACUUGGCCUCGCCCUUGCUGCCAGCGGUGCUAUUGCUCUGUCCCCAGGAAAAACCCUCCGACAUGGUCUUCAGUCAGGAACUUGUCCUAAGCUCCAACUCCGAGAGCCCCAACUUAUACCUGGAACGGCAGUGGGACAACCUGGAAAGGCAGCUGGCCACCUCCGCUGCUCAGCUAGGGCUGAGCCCUCACCUUGCCCAGUGCCACACCAUGGCCCAACACGUGGCCCGCCUGGUCCGGGUGCUCGCUAGGCCUCGGCAGCAUGGCCUACUGCUCUCGGAGGCUCGAGGCACUGGCCGUCGCACGGCUGUCAUCCUGGCCUCUGCCAUCUGUCAGGCACGCCUCUUCCAUUUGCCGUCUGAGCCAAAGGACGCCAUUCUCCACUGUCUGCGAGAUGCCAGCUGGCAUGCUGGAGCAUUAAACCUGCCAGUUGCCCUCCUUGUGUCUGAAAGUGUGGAUGUCUUUACCCUUCAUCGCCUGGUGGCCCUAGCAACCUCAGGAAGUUUCCCUGACCAGUACACAGAGGCAGAUCUGGAUAGCAUUGACGAUCAUUUCUCCAAGGAGAACACUGGUGCCAAGCAUACCUUUAAGAAGGAAAUAUUAUUGCACAGGUUCUACCAGCAAGUGUGUAGCAACCUGCACAUGUUUUUCUUGCUUGGAGAUGACCAGGUCCAAAAGCAGCUUCCCCCUUCCCUGCUCCUGAAGCUCCUUCAACUGGCCACCGCCAGUGUUGACCACUAUGAACCCUGGGACCAAGCUUCCCUGCUCAAGGUUGCCCAGUCCCACCUGCAGGGUGCUCCAAGUAUGCCCCUGGAUGACGGCUCCUUGAAGUGCCCAGAUAUCCAGGCCUCAGUUCCCAGUCUGGCCAAGGCCAUGACUCUCAUCCACCUUUCGUCUGCUUAUUACCAUCAGCAUCUGUGCCCUGCUUUGCCACUUGUUACCCCCAAGACCUUCCUAGACUUCCUGGAUACCUUCCUGGUGCUGCAAGGCCAGAUGAUCUUGCAGAUGAGGACGAAGGCCCAGCGCCUCCACACCGCCCUGAAGACUCUGAAACUACUGGUUGAGCGACACAGCACCCAAACCAGCCUGGUCAUUGACUUGGAACAGCAGCUACAAGGAGCCCACAAAAACGUUGACAUGUAUCAUGAGCAGCUGGAACAUAGCAAGUUCCUCUACAGGCAGCAGUUGACAGAGUGUUGGAACCAGGAGAGCAUCAUUGAGAAUCUGGCCAAACAGAAGGAUGCCCUACAGGCUCAGCAGGAGGCUUUCCUGGACCAGAUGGGCAAAGCAUUUCUAGGCCCUCUGAGCCAGUUGCAGGUGGCCGACUUUGAGGAGAUACGGAGCUAUCGAGCACCACCACAAUCCGUGGUCCAGGUGACUGAUGCGCUGUGUGAAUUGUUCCACUAUGAAACAGGCUGGGCCAGUGCCAAGCAACUCUUAUGUACAGAGGACUUUUACCAGGAGCUGGUUUUCUUCCCCAAGGAGAAGCUGACAGACGCAGAGCUGAUCACGUUAAAGCAAGCUCUGAAGGCUCCGGGGAUGCGUGACGAAGCCCUGCGGGUCGUAAGCAUACCGGCAGCAAACCUGGCCCUCUGGCUCUGGGCCGUGCUGCGCUACGGGGUGGCCCAGCGCCGGGGACUGCCCACGGGCUUGCUGCUGCGGCAGGUGGAGGCCACGCUGGCUCGGGAGCAGGCCCGUCUGUCCCAUUACCAGUUUCAGGCGCAAGACAUGAUGGAGCAGAUUUUGUGUCUGACAAAGAAGCUUGAGGAAGCCCACGCGUGUCACAACCUUAUGCUGGAGAGCCUCAAUCAGGCACAGAGUGGGCAGUGUCACAAGUGGCCUAUAAAGUCUGCCCUGCUUACACCCAUGCACACCUGGACCGCACGGCUCCAGAAGUUGAGGGAACAGUGCCUGACUGUAUUUGGAGAUGCCCUCCUGUGUUCGGCCGCCAUCGUCUACUUGGGUCCCUUCCCACCACCUCGGCGCCAGGAACUGCUGCACAAGUGGCUGGCAGUGUGCCGAGGCUCUCAGGAGGACCUGGGCCCGGAUGACAUCGCGCGGGCGCUGCAGCAGGCAUCUGCCGGCCGGCCGCCGCAGAGCCCUCUGCUGCUCACGCGCUCUCCCUUCAGGAUUCUGGACCUGCUGAGCUACGGAUCUGAGCAGCACCAGUGGGAUCGAGACCUGAAGCCUCAGGCGAAGUCAGCCCGCCUGGCAGGCCUGCUCCUGCGCAGCCACAUGCACUCCUACAGCUGCCGCUGGCCUCUGCUGCUGGACCCCAGCAACCAGGCCCUCGUCUGGCUGAACCCACUGCCGGGGGAAGAGAACAGGAGGCUGCCCCCAUGUCCUCCUCUAAGAAGCACUCCUGUGCCUUUCUCUGUCCCAGUGAAGGGUCUCACACAUCAAGACAGAAAGAAUAAGGUGGAAGAGAAUGUGCACAACGACAAUGAUGCCAGUGAAGAGGGAAAUAAAGACAAAGACCGAACAAAUGUGCCAAAGGAAGAAGAACAGAAAAAUGAGGAGAACAAGCAAGAGGAAAAAGAGGAGCAAGUGAAGAAGACAGAGAGUCAGAGGUCGAAUCUAGCUGAAACUCGGUCUUCGCCUCACCUCUGCCUUCGUGUGCUUUCGGGCACUGACCCAGAGUUGGGUCCUCAGCUCCGAGAGGCAGCUGCCAGUGGCUUGCUUGUGCUGGUGACCAACAUGGAGCUGGGCCUAGGGUGCCAAGAGCUGCAGUGGCUGCUGAAGCGGGAGCAUCUGAGUCCACCCGAGGUGCAGCCUGGUUUCUGCCUCUAUCUGAGCACUAUCCUUCCCCUCCAUGCCUUGGAAAAAGUGCUAGGCUGUGGACUGCUGAAGGGGCUGAAUGUACUGGAUCUGGGUCUGAACAUGGAAAUACUAGAAGAGCAGAUACUGCAUGAAAUCCUGUGCAGAGAACAUCCUGAGGUUGAGAGCCACUGGCAGGACCUCCAUGUCAGGACCCUGGACACCUAUGAAGCCAUCGAGGCUGCUGAGGAACUGUUGCUGUCGACCCUGCUGAUGCAGACCCAGAAGCAUCAGAAGACAUCCAAGUUUAUGAGGAUCAUGGUGACGACCCAGGCCAAGGUAUGCCAGCUGCGUGCUUACGGUGAGGAUCUGGAAGAGCAGAAGCUGCAGGAGAUGGCACUGUGGGCACCCUACCGGCGUGUGGCUUGGCAUGGGAUGGCCAUGAUAGAGGCCCUGAGUCCAUUACAGAACGUGCUGCCAUUUUUCUAUAUGAGCCCCGAGAACUGGCUGGCAACCACCAGGCGGGCUCUAGACAACAUGAAGCCGCAUGAUCAUCAGCACGGGGAGGAUCUGGCCAGCCAUCUUCUGCAGCUGAAAAUACACCUGACCCACCAGCUGCUGGGCAGCACCGUGGCUGCAUUCGGCUUGAGCCAGGUACCUUUGGUGGGUGCCUUGGGUGCUUUGGCACUGCUGCAAGUGACAAAGAGGGCACCAAAGCUGGAGGUGCUGGCACUGUGGCCCGGACUAGCAGCCUCUCCCAGCACAAGCCACAGCAAGCUAGUGCCAGGUAUAGUUCGGCCAGCCUGGUUGGGGCCGAGAGCCUGGCAAGAGUGUGGAAUGUUAGAGCAGCUGCGCCCGUUUGUUGGGCUGCGCGCAUCACUGGCAGGCCACCCCAGUGUUUGGCAGGAUUAUUUGUCUCUGGCAUCCACUGUGUUGGGUCCUGCACCUCAUCUCACUUCGGAGCCACUCAGCCUCCUCCAGAAGCUGAUCCUGUGGCGGGUACUGCGACCUGACCGCCUGGCAGGUGCCCUGGCAGACUUCACCACCAGCCUGCUGGGUCGGCCCCUUGAUGAAAACUUGGGUCCCCCCACUAUGGCCUUUGAACAUAGUCAGGCUACUCAGCCCAUACUGAUCUUGCUGCCACCGCCUGGUCAUCCCACAGCCACUCUGCAUCCUGUGACAGUCAUCAGGAAACUGGCUGCCAACCAUGAGCAGGGGCAGAAGCAUCUGCAGGUGAUAGCACUGGGCUCUGAAGCCUGGGAUCCGGUCUCAUCUGUGGUCAACAGUCUAUGCCAGGCUAUGUUCAAGGGGCACUGGCUGAUUUUGGACAACUGUAAUCUGAUGCCCCAUUGGCCGAGAGAGUUGGUACAGCCCUUGCUGGGGCUGCUGGAUGGAGCCAAAGUGGUCUCAGAUCUGGAAUCGGAACUGCUGUUAUCCCAACCAGAAAACAAGAAGGUGGCCACUGUCCACAGAGACUUCCGUCUUUGGCUUAUUGUGUCUACCGAGGCCAGUGCUUCUUUGCCGGCUGUGCUGACUCAGCACUCUAUGCCUGUUUUCUGGGACCAGUCCCUGGAGCUGGGGCGCAUCUUGAUAGAUAACAUAGAGCUAACUCAGCAAGGACUCUGUGUGCAGCCUCUGACUCAGACGUUGCCUGUGCUCUUCCUGCAUGGCCUCCUGCUACACCGUCAGCUUUAUGGGAUGAAGCUACAGGCACACCGGGGGCGUUGGAGUCAAGUGACCCUGGCCAAGGUCCUUCAGACUCAAAAUUGGUUAUGGGCCCAGUUUGCUAAUCCCAGCACUGCCUUGCUGGAGUUGGCUGCUUCAGUUUUCUAUGGAGGUCCCGUGGGGGAUUUGGAGGACAGAGAAGCCCUGAUCAGCCUGACACAAACCUGCCUGCAUCCCAGCAGAAGGACCCCGGUCCAAGCACACACCCCCCAGCAUCUGCUAGCCACUCUGAUGCCCAGCCCAGAGCUAGGGUUGCUGGAUGCUAUGAUAGAGUGCAAGGCCCAGAUGCACCUUCUGUCCACAUCAAUCGAACCACGGAUCUGCGCACUGAACGAGGGGCCCAAGGCCUGGCUGCUGCGGCGCCAGAGUCGAGCUCUCCUGAACGCGCUGCAGCAGAGUUGCCACGCGUGGGUUCCUGCAGCUUGCAGAAGCACCCAGCAGCGCCUGGAACGCCGGCUGCGGCAACGCCUGGUGGUCGCCAGUCGGAGGCUGGAGACCCUGAAGGCCACACUGACCAACUCUUGCAGCCCAGGCCAGUCGACCAUGCCCUGGGUGGUGCUGGGCCCCAGUGCUCGGCGGCCUCUGGAGGGCUUCCUGGAGACGGAGGUACUGGAACUGAGGCAGCUGGUGUGCGCCCUGCAGCGUGACCUCGACUGCCUGUUGCAGCGGCUGAAGGGCCAGCCCCCGUGCUCUCUGCAACGCUGCGUGGACGUGGCUCAGGCUCUCUGGGCCGGGCGCCUGCCUCCUCCUUGGAGACCUCACGCGCCGGCGGGGCCGCUGGUGCCCUGGCACUGGCUGCGGCAGCUGUCCCGCCGCGGGAACCUGUUGGUUCGCUACCUGCGCGGCGACGACGAGGACGAGGACUCGCAGGAGGAGGCGCGGCCGCAGCGCGCGUUUCACCUGUCGGCCUUCCGCAAGCCGCGCCGCCUGCUGCUGGCGCUGCGCUGGGAGGCCGCCCUGGAGGGCGCUCCGUCCGGUCCUCCGUCCAGCCCCCGGCCCCAGGACCACCGAGGCUCCGGCCCCACCCAGCUUGCACCCAAACGCCUGGAGCUGAGCAACAGCCCUCUGCAUCUCCGGGUGGAGGAUGGCCCGAAUCCCACAGUUCCAGAGACCGGGCUGCUGCUCAUUGGGCUCCAGCUCCUGCACGCCGAGUGGGACCCGGUAGAUGGGGCCUUGCAGGACACUCAGUCUAGCGAACCCUGCCCUCUGCCUCCCGUCAGCGUCAGCACGCAGGCCCACCGCCCCAAGGAGAAGCCAGCCGUGGCUGGCCUGGACGUGUACUCCUGUCCUGUGUACAUGGCGGGGCCCCUUGGAACCACCAAGCUGCACAGCAGGAACAUCCUGAUGCACCUGCCCCUGCCCACAAAGCUCAGCACUGCCACCUGUAUCCAACGGAGGGUCCACGUGUGCAGCCCACCCUUGUCCUGA